AACUGCUGCAGCCAUCAAUCUCCUUAACCUUUUGAAGAUUGCAAACACCAUGUCUCAUCCCCUAUAUAACCCCUUUGCCUCUGGGAACCAAAAUUCCACCCAAGGGCAGUAUGGACUAUCCAGUAUGCAGGCAGAGAGGGACACUCUGAAGACAUUUUCUGGAUCUGGACCUGGAUCUAACUUCAGCUCUUCUUCUGCAACUUCUGCCAACUCUGGGGGAAUGAUCCCUUCACUGCUGGCUCGCUCAGUGAGCUACAGGCCUGAACAGAGUAGUUCAAUAGAAGAGGGGGACAUAGAGAGGUCUAUAGACAUGCCCAUUAGCAGAGCCAGAGAGGAGGUGAGGUUUCCUGGCAAACCGACGCAUCAGCCCAUGGGCCAGGGCACUCGCUUUACCAGCACUCAAAGAGAUGAGUUUCUUUCCUCAGGCACAGGGAUGGCCUACUAUUCUAUGUCCUCAACCUCUGCCCCUCCAGGACAUAUACACUGUGAUGUUGAAAGUGGCAGUAGCUCUUUGGACUGGUUGCCAAACUACAAAAGGUCAACUGCUAAUGAUUCCUCCAAAUUUUACUCAUCUGCUUCAUCUAGCUACGUAGGCAGUUCUGAUAGUAGGUUUAAUUCCUCAAGUGAAAGGGAACAUGAUUUGCAGUCCAUUCCAGGGUUGGGUGAUUAUGACUAUCCAGUGCCAGACAAAUCUGCAGCCUCCACUGAGUCAAGUCGCCCCAAAUACACUUCUGAAUCAGCCGCUAACAUCCUUUCGCAAUUCGGACUUGAAAAAGAGGAUUUGGAACAUCUCAUCUCUUACCCUGAAGACCAGAUCACCCCUGCCAACCUGCCGUUCAUAUUGCGCCAAAUCCGCAUUCAGAAGGCCAAGAGAGCUGCAACUGCAGUUCAGUCAAAACCGUACCUGGAACCCCAGCCCACCAGAGGUGUGAGUGGAAUGGACAGGUUGAGUAGUUCUGGAGGGGCAGGGAUACGCCCGGAGGAAAUGUCAUCGGCUAUUCUCCAGCCCAGUAAAGUGAUUGACUUUGGACAUACUGACAAAUAUGCUGGAGGGGUUUUGGAUGAGAUUGGAAGGACCAGUGGCACAAGAGCUAACAGUGGUGGGAGUGGCAAACCAAAGGAAGAUGGACAGUCAAAGUCGAAAGCCCAACCAUCCUGCACUUUGUUCCACGGUGUGCAUCCUGGCCGACCUGGUCUUGUGCUCAUUGGAAGCAAUGAUACCAGUGGCACUAAGGAUCAGAAUAAAGGUCGAGGUAAAGGGUCAACGGUUGCUGAGCAGAUGAAGAAGCAGCAGACACAACAACAACAGAGGCAGAAGCAGCACAUCCAGCAGCAGGCCCAGAAGCAGCCAGUACCGCAGAUGGGACAAACGUGGCCUCCAGUUUAUUCUGCUGCGCAACCGGUUCCUCCUGCUUCUCUCAUCCCCAGCAGCACAGAUGCCUCACGCACCAUGCAUCGUUCAAUGUUUAUCCUCGGUGAUCCUCUCCCCAGCAUUAUUCCACCAGCUUCACCUCAGCCAAUCCCGAGCCCGGUGAACUUCAGUCAGUUGCUGCCGCCUUCCAGCAGGCAGUGUCGACCACAGCAUCCAGUCUCCAAGGGUCUGCCAACGCCGGCCAUGAUGCAUGACUGUGUAGCGGACACACCGAGAGUCUUUCCACAUACCUGUUCUCUGUGUUACAAAGAAUGUACUCAUAUGAAGGAUUGGCUCUCCCACCAGAACACCAGCCUUCACCUUGAGAGCUGCAAAAUCCUGCGGGCACAAUACCCAGAGUGGGAUGGUGAGGUUGAAGUCCAGCUCAGUGCUGGAGGGAAAGAUGUUAAGCCAUCAUCCUCAACUGCUGCCCAGACUUCCCAACAUCGUCAUCAGAAAACCAGGCAUGGAAGCCGCUCCCGCUCCCACUCACCUAGUCUCCGAAGGCACCAUGAAAGAAGAGAGAAACGCAGCCAAUCACGAUCACCGCACAGCUCCAGAUACACUCGCAGCUCCCGGUCCCGUUCUUGCUCUCCAUGGUAUGACUGUCCUACCUCCUCGCGUUAUCGGUCACGUUCAAGGAGUUAUGAGAGACGAUCCUCACCGAGGAGGAGAGAAGAGAGAUGGUCCUCACCAAGACGAAGUCAAGAGAGGCGAUCAUCUCCAAGGAACCAUGAAAGAAGAUCGCCAAGGAGGGGUGACAAGAGACGAUCAUCUCCAAGAAGGAGCUAUGAAAGAAGAUCACCAAGGAGGGGCGACAAGAGACGACCAUCUCCAAGAAGGAGCCGUGAAAGACAAUGGUCCACAGAGAGGUCGUCUGCUGAAGGGAAGAGGUCGAGCAACACAGAGAGGCUGGUGAAGAGACUACUGGAAAAUUCAGCUGUUCAGGCUCUGUCAAAAGACUCUGACCUGGAGGCUGUGGUUAAAAAUCUAGCUCCUGCCUUACUAGCCGAGCUAGCCAAGAUGAAUUCUUCCUCCUCAUCAUCCUCUAUGUCAUCCAAAGGAGGAAAAAGCUCCCAGUCUUCUCCCUCUGCUGGGGGUAAAAGCUCAUCCUCUGCUGCCUCUUCGUCCUCUUCAGCAGCAAAGAAGGAGACGACGACAACAUCUUCUAAAGCAAAACCCAUUCUGCAGAAGAACGAGGCAGGUGCUUCUACAAAGACUAAGGAGGACUUUGUCACUGUUGAUGAAGUUGGUGGACACCAGCACUCAUCCUCUUCCAAGCAGUCCUCCAGAGGGAAAAAAGAAAGGCAAAGCUCAGACGUGUCAUCUGCUGCCAAACAGACCUUGACAAGGUCCUUCAAAGACUCUAUGAGCUCAGCCUCUUCCUCAUCCUGUUCAUCCUCCUCAUCCAAGUUGACUAAAGACUCCGUGAAGAGAAGCUCGUCUUCUGACUCUGAGCCACCCCACUCUCCUACCAAACCCUCAUCCUAUGCCAGUGUUAGUAAAACCUCUGCCUCUUCCUCACUGUGUCUUGAAACCUCUUCCUCUCCUGGUCCAAAAGCAGAACAGAGCAAGACAAAAUCUCCUUUCAAAGCAUCUACUACGUCUUCCUCGAGUUGUAGGACCCAGUCGUCCUCUACUGCACAUGAAAUUGAAAAGAUGGUAUCAGCAGCAGCUGUUGAGGCAUCAGUAAAGACUCAUUCUGAGUCACAUAUAGAAGCAAAAGCCACAGAGAGUGCAGUGGAAAAAUCUGACCACAAGGUGUCAGCAGAGGCCAUUGUUGCAAAAACUGUUGAGUCAGAGUCAAAAAUAGAAACAUCAUCAAAGAUGCAUCCACCUGCACAGGGACGGGGGUUAGAGAUGAGCCAAUCCCAGAGGUUUGAGAUUUAUGUUAAAGACAACACACUCAAAGACCUGGAGAAAAGCAAAGAGAGAAGGAAAGAAGAUGAUGUUGGCAAACAUUCAGAGGAGGAGGAUGAUGACGCUGAAAAUUAUCAAAUCCUUGAUUCACUUGAUGACCAAACAGAUGAACAGAUGGAUGAUGGGGACCAAGUAGGCAGCUCUGAAACAAAGAUAACAGAGCCUGAGAAUGACCGGAGUUUGCAUGAGGAAACAUUGGACAGACAGGUCUUUGGCACUGUUUAUAAAGAAGGCAAAGUCUACCCUGAUGAGUGCAGUGAAAAGGAAGUGGGUGUUUCUUUUGAAAUGGUCAACAAUGUUACUGAAGGUCAAGCCACAACAGGUCAAGAAGACAGUUACCUCGUUGAAGGUAACAGUUCCACUGUAAAACAACUGUCUGAGGAAGAUGUGGUUCAAGUAGUCAACAAAUCUGAUGAUAAAUCUGCAGUUGAAGUUGCAAUUAUUAAAAACCAAGAGGCAAAUAAGGAAGAUAGUAUUCAAGUGUUGGAUACAGGUAGCAAACAAGACCCAAGAGGUAGGGUAGAUGGAAAGACUGGAAAACAACAAAAAGAGGAGGUCAAAGGCAAAAUGAUUUCACCAGAAUCCCGCAAAGCCUCCAAAGACAUGGAAAACCCUGAAGAACAAAUACCAAAUGAUGGAGACCAGCCUCUUGAAGUAUGUGACAAUAAAGACACUUUAAAAGACGUUGAUAGUGACGUUCCUGAACAAGAAACCUUUGAGAUAUUGGAUUCGAUUGACGAUCAGGUGGUAAUGGAAGAUGACAGCCACAAACUUGAAACUCCCAGUGAUCAGAUGUCUAAAAAAGACAUGGAAGAAGAGGAAGAUACCUAUGAGGUAAUUGAUUCUGUGGAAGAUCAGCCAACAACUACAAAGACAGAGUCUGAGACUGACAACAAGGUAAAAAGAACCAAAAAAGUGGAGCUGACUGCUAGACAAGAUGAUAGAUCAUCAAAGAGGAGUAGCCCCAGGACCAGAGCAUCCAAAAGGGAAGAGAAGGAGAAAUCACCAAAGAAGCAGGACAGGCCAGUUAAAAAAUAUGAAACACGAACGAAGAUGGACACCACUGCAGGAGGUUCUAAAAAAGACAAAGAGAUCAAAGAGGUCACUGAGGAAGUGUACAAAAUAGUAGAUUCUGUUGAUGACGAACUGGUUCAAGAUGCAGCCGCCACAGAAAGGUCUGGUAGAAGAAGGAGUGCAAGAGGAAAGAAAGAGGAUAAAAUGACAUUGAAUCUCACUGAAGCAUCUGACAAACCUGAUGGAGACGAGGAGGCUUCCUAUGAAAUUUUAGACUCUGUGGAGGACGAGACUGCUGCCGAAGAACCAACUUUUAUGACAAGAUCUACCAGAGGAAGAAGGGAAAAAACAACUAAGAGAGAGGUUUCCAAUGAGAAAACAAAAAUAGAAGACACACCAACAAAAAGGAGGCACAUUCCUGCCAGGGAAUCACGGGAAAAAACAUUAAAAAAAGAGGAGAAAGCACCUCCAAAAGAGAGUGUACCAACAAAGCAGAGUAUGGGAAAGAAGGAGAAAACACCCAAAAUAGACAUUAAGAAAGAGGGUAAAUCAACAACUAAGUCCCGAUGUGAUACUGCAACACCAGCAGAGGAGAAGAAUCAAACGUCGUCCAGGAAAAAUGACACAAAAGCUUCAACGAGCGCUCUGGUGAACAUGGAUCAGGUUUACCCUGAAGACACGGCCAAGGAGGAAGAACUGAGGAAGAGGCAAGCUGCCGCUAAAGAGAAGUCGCUUGCUAAGGAGCAAGAGAAGGAGCAGGAAGAGUGGAGGACCAGGGAGAGAGAGGAGAGCAGCAGUGGGGGAGGGACGAGGGAGGCGAAGGAGAGGGGAAGGGAAAAGGAGGAGAAGGUAGAGGUAGAUGCCAAGGAGCUGGUAACUCUGGAUGAGGUGGGAGCAGAUGAGGCUGGAGAGGAAAGAGCAGCAGAGGGUCAAGAGUGGGAUGAGGAGAUCACGGAGGGAGAGCUGCAGACGCUCAUCACCCUGGAUGAAAUUAUAGAAGAGGAGGAAGAGGGAAAGGAUGAGCAAAGCACUGUGGAGGCCCGCCCACCCAGCAAGGAGGACGAAUCAGUGCACUCCUUAAACCCAGAGACUUUGGUGACUUUAGAUGAAACAGAAGAAACCUCAAUAUGUUUGGAACACAAACACGAUGUCGACACUGCUGUGAGUAAAAGGAAGAGGGAGCUUGUCGGACCUGAAGCAAAGAGAUCUCGUUUUCAGUCUCCUUGUGUUGCUGCUGACUUCAAACUGCUACCAUUCAACCCCAACAACCCCCUUGGUCAGGAGUUUGUGGUCCCCAAAUCGGGGUAUUUCUGUAAUCUCUGCUCUGUCUUCUACCUGAACGAGAACUCGGCCAAGGAGCUCCACUGCAGCAGCCAGAGACACUACGACAACCUGCAGCGAGCUCAACAAACAGAUCCGUUGAAAGAACCAGCCAUGGCUGAUGACGGGACCUCCAUGCAUGGAUUCAACCAAAGAAUGACCUCCAAUUCAUUUGAAGAAGGGGAAGGGGGAGAGAUCUGUUUGUCUUAUAGUGAGGCCCAUCAGGGUCCUGACACUCCAGUGGGCGUCAACAACUCCAAGCCCACCAACCAGUCCAGAGCCAUAGAGGAACAAACGGACUUCAUCAACCUAGGUCAGGAAGGGCCCUCCCAGGCACCUGAUGUAAAAAAGGUGGCUAAUCCCGAGGCUGUGAAAGCACCAGGAUCACAACGCUUGCAGCUUUAUAACCGCCAAGGCAAAAUCCUGCUAGACAAUAUCUUGGGUGAUGCCAGGAGGUGGCACGAGAUUGGAUAUGCCAGAAGAGGAGAGAUCCCUCUGAGUAAGGCAUCACCCUUCUGGAGACCAUCGGCAUCAGGUCUUUGGCGGGUUUUGGAGGAGUCCAUGCUGGUAGCCACCGUAGAGCCGCCAGGUGUGAGGCCAGGCAAUCGACGUGCAGUAGGCGUGUUUCUAUACAACCAUAGCGAUGGCCCCUGGUGUGAGGUCCGUGAGCAGGACCUUACCCACGUCUGUUUCUUGGUGGCACCACCAUAACAAUAACACCAAGGAACAAGCCUCUGUCAAGAGAGGUUGCUGAGGGAUCCAGCUACAUGAAAUAUGACCAGGACUCACCACUCUGAAGUCCCACUGAAAUUUAAUACACAAAAAGAAUAACAAUCAAACAACAGGGCACAAAAGAAUAACAGUUCAGUUCUGUAGUCAGCCCAUGUCUGACUGCAGUUCAGCCUAUUGCAGCACCUGUGUGACCUUCGCUAACGGUUAUCCUAUGGAUCUCUUGGGGAACAUAGCAUCACCUUUGUGCAUUAUGUCUGUGUGAAUACAUUGACAAUCUGUGUGUAAAUGUGUAACCUGUAAAUAUAAAACACCUUCCGCCUUCUCUUUAAA